AUGGAAUCGAAUCAAAGGUUAUUCAGACUACCAUUCAAGUUUCCAAGCUCCGCCAGGGCUAGGUCUGUAGGAGUGUACAUCUCAGGCGGACUUUAUGCUGUGGGGGCAUGGUGCUUCCUCGAUGCGGCAAUCUAUUCCAGAAAGGCGAAUGGUUCGUCUGUACAUGUUACUUUUGUGGACUGGAUUCCUUUUAUUUGCAGUACUCUUGGGAUGAUCAUUGUGAAUUCGAUUGAAAAGAAUAGACUCAUACAAGAUGCCCUGGGCUCAGGCUCAUUCAAUGGCUCUUCUUCUAUGGCAUGGCAGGCUCGUGUUAUUCUCUUUCUAGGCUUUGCACUGCUGGCGGGUGGUAUUUCGGGCUCCAUUGUGGUGCUGAUACUCAAAUUUCUGGUUAAGGACUUCACAUCUUAUCCUACUUUGGGAAUGGGUGUCAAUAACGUCGUUGGCAAUUUUUGUAUAGCAUUGAGCUGUGUGGUUCUAUGGAUAGCGCAGAAUGUAGAGGACGAGUAUUCCUACUCAUUGACCCUCUGA